AUGUCCAACUUCCGCAUCGUCGAACACAUCGUCCGGACCCAGCACUCUCGAGAACGCUGGGCAGCGACAGAAUUAGGCGAGGAACAUAGACUGCGACUCCACGUGAAGCAAUACAUUCCCCUCUCCAAUUCGCACCCACAACCGGGGGACGUAACCAUCAUCGGCGCUGUAGCCAACUCAUUCCCCAAAGAGACGGCUGAGCCCUAUUGGGACGAUCUCUACGAGGCAUUGAAGGCAAAAGGGCGCCGGAUCCGCAGUAUUUGGAUUGCAGAUCCGGCGAAUCAAGGGCAGAGUGGUGUUUUGAACGAGAGGAUCCUUGGACCUGACCCGAGCUGGUGGGAUCAUGGCCGAGAUUUGUUGUUCUUGAUCAAUCAAUUUCAAGAUGAAAUGCCUCAUCCCAUAGUUGGCAUUGGUCACAGUAUGGGGACUGGUCAUCUCGCCCACCUCUCCCUCCUACAUCCCCGCCUCCUCCACUCAAUCAUCUUCAUGGACACCGUAAUCCAACGUGCCCACAAUAAACCCGGCCUGAUGUGGUCAGCCGCAUCCGCAAACCGACGAGAUCUUUGGCCCUCCCGUCAGGCCGCCGCUGACAAGAUGCGUGCGAACCCAGCCUUCCAAGUAUGGGACCCCCGUGUCCUAGACAAGUACAUCGAAUACGGCCUUCGCGAACUUCCCACAGAGCUGUAUCCCGAAACUCCUACAGACGGUGUGCCUGUCACGCUGCAGACGACGAAAGCACAGGAGCAGUACAAUUAUGUCAAACCUACUUACGAUGAUGAUCGAUUGCUCUUGGAGAAAGCUCAAGUUUGGAGUGAGUUCUAUCCGGAAGAUAGAGAAGACGUUGGUGGUGAAAACUUCUCUCGCUCGGAGAACAAGAUGCUCUGGCAUCGUCUGCCAGAGCUGAAGCCUAGUGUGUUGUUCAUUCCUGGUGAGAAGUCGGGGGUGUCCAGCCCAGAACUGCGCAGGCGUAGGUUGGAGGUCACUGGUACGGGACCUGGUGGUAGUGGAGGCUUGGCUGAAGGAAGAGUGAAAGAAGCAGUAGUCGAUGCCGGGCAUCUGGUGCCGUAUGAGCGGCCGAGGGAAGCUGCUCAGGCAAGUGCGGCAUUUCUCCACGAUGAGUUGGAGAGAUGGACAUGCGAAGAUGAGGAUAGAAAGCAGCGAUGGGGAAAGCUGGCGCGGAGAGAAAGGGUUGACAUCAACGAUGCGUGGCGAGAUGGGCUCGGCUUGAAGUCGAAAGGGGAGGCGAAGAAGACCGCUCCGCCCGAGAAGCUGUGA